UCACCAGCUUAGUCUCCAACUACAUGAUUAACCAUGUAUACUGUACAUGUUCGUUUAUUAAUUUAUUUCAAACUUAGAUUUAAAAAAAACCAUAAUGAUGUUAAAUAAAUAUUAAAAUUUUAUCUUUCAAUUGUCAAACGACUUAUUUUUAAACUAAAACUGAGAUGUAAACUUAAAACUACUAAGCGUUUUAAAUAAAAUUUUUGUUACAUACAGAUGGGUAUAAUUAACAACGACAAAGAAUGUCUGAACCAUACCAAAACUACAAUAAUUUCAAUGGAAAAUUGUGAAAACACGUCAGAAACUCAGCUUCUAAAUCACAAGUAUGAUUGUCAAAACAGUUCUAAUAAUCUCGUUGAAAAAGAAAAAACGAUUAAAGAUGAUAUUUCUAUAAAACGCAAAAGUAAUGAUGUAAUUACAAAAUUGUCGUGGAGUGAUUUGUAUCCUCAGAUAAGUGCUAGUUUUGUAGCCUUCUUAAUAGUUCUUCAACCGGGAAUUAAUAUGGCGUAUUCAAAUAUUUUACUGCAUCAUUUGCCAUACAUAACAAAAGUUCAAUUUUCAUGGAUUACUAGUUUGUUAGCUUUAAGUACACCCCUCGGAGCUAUUUUAAUUGGCCCACUAAUGGAUAGAAUUGGUAGAAAAAAUGCUUGUUUCUGGUCAUGUCUACCACUACUUACUUCAUGGCUACUUGCAUUAGUCACAAACUCAAAUAAUAUUGUUUUAUUUUAUCUAUCCAGAUUGUGUGCUGGUAUUGGUUCAGGUAUGUCAACCGUAGCCAUUGUAUACGUCUCAGAAAUUGCUCAUCCUUCUUACAGGCAAAUUCUUUUAUCAUUAAACAGUGUAUUUUUUUCUGGUGGUAUAUUGUUAUCCAUGGUACUGAUAAAUUUUCUUGGCUGGCUGGCUAUCACAAUAACUUUUAUAGCACUUACUGUGACUAAUAUGGCAUUGAUAGUUAUAUUUAUACCAGAAAGUCCAGUCUGGAUACUGAAGCUGAAAGGUCCAGAGUAUAUAUUAAAAGCUAAAAAAGCAAUCAAAAAAAUUUAUCCAACCAACGAAAAUGCAUAUUCUGCCGAAUGGGGCCGUUUAACUGACAGAAACUUCUCAGUAAAUCAAACGGAGCAAAAAUUCUUCGCUACUUUAAGAUCUGAUCCAGUUGCAUACAAGCCAACGUUGAUUUUGAUCGGUCUAUUAACGUUACAACAGUGGAGUGGUGCUUAUAUGACUAUAUCAUAUGCGUUGCCAAUAUUCAAAUCAAUUGUGCCUAAUGGAUCAGCUGAUGAUCUGGAAGCCUUGGCGUUGUUGGGAAUCAUAAGAUUUACAGGUGGCGUCAUUACAUCCGUGUUGUCUUUUUAUGUUGGUCGUAGGCCUUUAAUGAUGGCAUCUAGCUUAGGCAUGUUUAUGUCAUCUGUAGUGGUAGUAUUAACGUAUGAUCCACAUUCUGUGAUCAAUCCACAAAUAGGGUUAUUCAACAUGCCCGUACCACUUUUUGGAGUAAUGAUGUUCGUGCUUUGUGGUUCAUUCGGUGUACUCGUAUUCCCUUGGACGCUGAUUAGUGAACUAUUGCCUACGUCUGUUAGGGCGAUUGGUGGGGGUAUGCUUGUUUCCUAUGGCUAUUUGUCUAUGUUUGUUACCCUCUGCACAUUUCCUCAUUUGCUAGCCAUUAUUGGCGUUGUUAAAAUGUUUGCUGUUUUUGGAACAGUUUCGCUAUUGACAAUAUUUUACGUAUAUACACUUCUACCAGAGUCUCUUGGAAAAAGCUUUCGACAAAUCGAAGAAUACUUUAAAAAAAAUACUUUAGAAUUUACUACUUUGUUGUAUUCGAGUUCAACUUUUGACGCAAACAUGGUCGCAGAAAUCGAAAGCACAUACGUAACACCAUUACUUCACAGCGAUUCUUCGACUUGGAAAACGUAUCAAUCGAAAAGACAAAUUGAAUUUAGUUUAACCAUAAACAAUAAUGAACUUGAAGAAGACGAACCCGCAGACAAAGGAAGACUUACGUGGGAAGAACUAUAUCCACAGGUCUUGGCUAGCGUCGUAGCUCUUUUGUUAGUUGCUCAGCCGGGAAUUAAUAUGACUUACUUGAAUCUUGUUUUGAAAAAUAAAAACGUGGAGCAUUACUCUGAACUGUCAUGGUUAAUGGGUGUGUUAGUAUUGAGUAUACCAGUUGGUGCGAUAUCGGUCGGUAUGAUUAUGGAUCGUAUUGGAAGAAGAAAAGCUUGUCUAUUGUCUUGUAUACCACUAUUAUUAGCCUGGUCUAUAGCUCUAAUGUCAACUGUAUUUCCAGAGUAUUCCGAUCUCAUGUACGCGUGUAGAUUUUUGGCCGGUUUCGGUGGAGGGAUGACGUCUGUGGCAAUGGUCUAUAUAUCAGAAAUAGCUAUGUCGUCUUACAAACAAGCGCUUUUGUCGCUAAACAGUGUAUUUUUUUCGUUUGGCAUCCUUUUUGCAGCACUAAUUGGUCGUAUGGUUUCGUGGAACGUUGCAAACGCCAUUUUUUUUGUGUUUACCUUCAUUACCAUGAUAUUCAUUUUUCUAUUCUUGCCGGAGAGUCCAUCUUGGCUCAUCAAAUUUCGAAACGAACAAGUUUAUAGAGCGAAAGGAUCAUUAAAGGCUCUUUAUCCGUCAAACAAAUUUUACACGGAGGAAUGGAAUCGACUGAACUUAUCUCCAGCUACUCCAUUUUUGUUCAAAUCUGCUCUUUCUCGUCGUUUGUCCAAACGUGUAUUGAAGCCUGUGAGUAUCCUCGCGUUGAUGUUACUUUUACAGCAACUAAGCGGAUGUUACGUAGUAGUUAUCUACGCGGUACCGACGCUGAAAGCGAUAGCGCCUAAUGGAUUUAUGGAUGAAAUGAGCGCUUUCGUUGCAUUAAGCGUAAUUCGGUUUGUCUUCAGCGUCGUUACGAGCAUGUUGUCACUUCGAUUUGGCCGUAGACCGUUGAUGAUGAUUUCGUCGCUGGGAAUGACGUGCUCGUCACUGAUGGUCGUUGUCACUUACGUUUCGCGUGUUGACGUAGAUGACUGUGACCCGGCUCAAUGGUCUGUAUGGAACUUUAGCGAGACGGAGACAUUUCCUCUAAUGGGCAUUAUGUUGUUCACCAUCAGCAGCACGUUGGGCGUCGUAGCGUUCCCUUGGACUUUGGUCAGUGAACUUCUGCCAACUUCAGACAGGGCCACAGUCGGUGGGUUUCUGAUCUCUUACGCGUACGUCGUGAUGUUUUUAGUAUUCAAAGUGUUCCCAUUCGUAUUGGACGCCAUAUCCAUUACAGGAGUAUUCAUGGUUUUCGGCGCCGCCUCUCUGGCCAUGUUCAUACACGUGUACGUUUCUCUGCCGGAAACCCUCGGUAAGCAUUUUCACGAAAUCGAUGAAUACUUCUCUUGAAAAUGUAUCUAGUACUAUCGUCCUUGCAAUAAUCAUCGACAACAUUUACCUUUAACAUUGUUUUUAAACAUCACGACAAGGCCAUGGACGACAUCACACACAAUUUAUAUUCGCUACGUUGGAGUGAAGAUGUGGCAAAACAUCUGCCGCGCGAAAAAAUAAAUUGACACAACCUUGUUUGUUUUCAACGAGGCAACUAAAAACUGACACAUGUACCUUAAUAGUUCCUACUUUCUUUUAAAUAUUUUUUUUAUUGACAUGUACGAAUGUGAGAUGAAUAUUAUAUGUAUAUAAAUACCUACGAUGAUUUUUACUUUUAGUGUAAGAGCAUAUAGUUAAAUAAAAAUUGUAUCUAUUUAAUGUUAUAUUUCUAAUAACG